AUGCGUCUCUCGCCGUCGUGGUACCAGUUCCUGGUCGGUGUCUUUGCCUCUCUUGGAUCAUUCCUUUAUGGAUAUGAUCUGGGUGUAAUCGCUGAGGUGCUCGUCUGCCAAUCAUUUAAAGCCAAAUUCGAGGCAGAUGAUACCCAAACAGGAUUAGUCGUGUCUUUAUUCACGGCUGGCGCAUGCAUCGGUGCCGGACUUGCGGGCGCCAGUGGUGAUCAUUUAGGUAGACGACGGACCAUCUCAUUGGGAUGUUUCAUCUUCACUCUCGGAGGUGGUCUUCAGACCGGUGCGAGGACAAUUGCCUAUCUAUACAGCGGACGAUUCCUGGCCGGGUUAGGUGUCGGUUUCCUCACAAUGAUGAUUCCUCUAUACCAAGCCGAGAUCUGUCACCCCAGCAUCCGUGGUCGAGUUACGGCCUUGCAGCAAUUUAUGCUCGGUAUUGGAGCGCUCUGCGCUACAUGGAUUGGUUAUGGAACAUACACCGGCUUUGCAGAGGAUAACAAUGCGCAAUGGCAACUGCCUCUCGGUUUGCAAAUUGCCCCUGCUGUAUUUUUGGGUCUUUUGAUCUCUUUCUUCCCUGAGUCGCCUCGAUGGCUUAUUGACCACAACCGCACCGAAGAGGGAUUGCGCACAUUGGCCAAGUUGCAUGCGCAUGGUAACGAAAACGAUGCUUGGGUCCAGGCAGAAUUCGCUCAAAUUCAGGAGAGCAUCACGUUUGAGCAUGAGAACGAGGCGAAGUCAUAUGUCGAGUUGUUGACCAAUCGCUCCUCGUUCCGUCGGUUGUUCCUCUGCUGUGCAUUGCAAGCCUCAAUACUACUCACCUCAGAUUUAUGGUCAAAUCGGUAUCUCCAACGAAGACACCCUGAAGUAUCAGGCAAUUAA